GUGGGACUCGGGUGUCAAGUGGACAUUUUGGCGGUUUCACUUGUCGAGGGGUUUCGGCGUAUGGGCGCCGUCGACCAUUCUUCCAUUUGCGAUAUGGGAGCGGGUGAAUCGACAGGAGCGCAAGUGGCUGUGUCAGGAGUCGCGCUGUGGAAGGCCGCGGCGGCGGCGGAUGUUGCCAAGGUUCGCGCCAUCACGUCACAUCCCGAUGUGGGCCAAGACCUGAACUGGAUCCACCCGGACGAACACAUGACACCGCUCAUGGCGGCCGCGUCCGCUGGCAAGCUCUCGAUUGUGACGCUUCUCGUCGAACGUGGCGCGGCUGUGGAUAUGUGCGACCCUGUGCAUGGAAACACGGCGUUGCACUUUGCCGCGGCCAAGAACAAGGCGAGUGUCCUGGAGAAGCUCCUGACUGCAGGUUGCGACCCGCACGUGUGGAACAAAGACGGGCUGACCGCGAUGGACUUGGCACGAUUUCGUGGCCACCGCGAAGCAGGCAAUGUGUUUGCGCGGCAUUUAAUGCACGCCAAAGGGUGGUUGUACCUGAAGAAGGGUCGAUCGAUGCUCCUGUCGUGGACAAAGCGGUGGUGUGUCAUCUAUGAGUGCGGCCCAGACCAUUCCCGCAUGGAGCUUAGUUUGUUUCACCACCCCGACGACGUCAAGCCAACGAAAGUGCUGUUCCUGACGGCAUCCGAGAACGCCGCGAGUCCGCGGUCUUCGUCGCGCCAUCGAUCGAAACACUCGUUCUCGUUCACGUCCACGACAACGUACCAAAAGUACGAAGGGCGCGACACGUUCUCUCGCAGCUUGGCAGUGCGGAAAGCGCGCCACAUCCCAGUCUACAACGCGAGUGGAUUUCGCUUUGCCACGGAAACUCUUGAAGGCCGCGACAAGUGGAUUCAGUUGCUCGGUCCCCUGGCGUUCUCCAACAACUUGGUGCGUCCCAUGCUUGCUUUGUCCAAAAUGUCUCCGUCGUUUGUUGUGGGCGUCUUGGUCGUGAUGCACUUGUUCUGUAGCCGGUUCAAGCCCAACUGCACCAACCGCACAGCAUGCAAGCUCCGCCGGAAGACGAGCCCGUCCUCGAGCCGAUUCCGUGGCAAGAUCCGCGCUUCCGCACGUCGUCGUCGCAAAUGGAAUGCAUACAGCACGAUAUCAACAUGGCGGAUUUGUCGCCGUCGGCUCCGCCGUUGGAUAACGAGGACGGGCACGCCGCCAAGAUGGACAACAACGAGUGCGUGAUCUGCAUGGACAUGCCACGUGCGGCAGUGUGCGUCCCGUGCGGCCACUUGGCGGGAUGCUACAAUUGCCUCCUUGUCGUUCAAAAGAAGAGCGGAUGCCCCAUUUGCAGAAGCGCGAUUGCCGCCGUCGUCCGCGUGUACACUUGCUAAUUGCUUGAACUCGAUAUUUCCACAAGUACACACUUGAACCUUUUGGAGCAAAUGAACGCAAGUCGGAAUCGCUCAGUGACUUAAGCUGCCGAUGGUGUAUCACACAUGGCCAGCAACUGCAUAAAGCACCAGUCCAUUUUCACAUUCGCAAGGAAUGGUCAAGUGUAUGGGGGCAAUCCAAGCUGUGAGCGAGGGAAACGCGCAGGUGGAGAC